AUGGAGGGCUCCGAGACGGCCAACUCCCUGCAGUUGCCAACCUCCAUCCCAUUCUGGCGACUCAUUCUCAACCCCGGUGCUAUCACCCAAGAAGUUGCGGACCAUCCUUACGAUGGAUCAGGGACUGAAGAAGAUCCUUAUGUCGUGCAAUGGAUGCCCAAGGACUUUCGAAACCCUCUCCAGUUAAAACCAUCCAUGAAAUGGUUCAUCACCGUGGUCGCCGCCAUGGAGACCUUGGUCGUUGCUCUGGUCUCGUCAGCGUACACCGGUGGUCUCGUUGAAAUUAGACAAGAAUUCGGCGUAACCACCGAGAUUGGCACAUUGGGAGUAUCCCUGUAUGUCCUGGGCUUUGCCUUGGGUCCUUUGAUCUGGGCCCCAAUGAGUGAAAUGUUUGGUCGCCAGCUCGUCUUCGUCACAACCUACUGCGGCCUGACUACCUUCUGUGCCGCUUGUGCGGGCGCAAAAAAUAUCGAGACCAUGCUAAUCUUCCGAUUCUUGUCUGGCGCUUUCGGUUCAUCUCCCCUUACCAACUCGGGCGGUGUUAUUGCCGAUAUGUUCAUGGCUCGCGAACGUGGACUGGCCUUGUCGGCCUUUGCCUUGGCUCCAUUCCUAGGACCUGUCAUUGGGCCUAUCGCUGGUGGCUUCCUGGGUGAGUCUAGCGGUGGCUGGAAGUGGGUAAUGGGUCUCUUGGGUAUCCUCUGUGCUGUUAUGUGGAUUCUAGGAGCUGCAUUGAAACCGGAGACCUAUGCCCCCGUUCUACUUCGCCAGCGCGCAAACACUCUCUCCAAACUUACAGGCAAGGUCUACUGCAGCAAGUUGGAUAUCGAUCAGGGUCGUCUUACUUUGAAAGCGGCUAUGAAAAUCUCUCUCUCGCGACCUAUGAUUCUUCUUUUCAAAGAACCUAUCGUCUUACUACUCUCUAUCUACCUUGCUAUCAUCUACGGAACCCUUUACAUGCUUUUCGGCGCCUUCCCAAUUGUAUACCAGAUCCAUCGUGGAUGGAGUCAAGGUAUCGGCGGCUUAGCUUUUAUCGGUGUCAUGAUUGGUAUGCUCGGUGCCGUGGCAUAUUCAAUUCCUGAAAACAAGCGCUACGCGAAGCUCCUCGCAAAGAAUGGCGGAUAUGCGCCCCCAGAAGCCCGCCUUCCACCCUGUAUGGUGGCCUCGAUUGCCCUCCCUAUCGGACUCUUCUGGUUCGCAUGGACCAACGAUCCAUCCGUCCACUGGCUCGCAAGCGUCGCUGCCGGAGUUCCCUUCGGCUUCGGAAUGUUGCUCGUUUUCCUUAGUGUCUUCAACUACCUGAUCGAUGCGUACACCAUCUUCGCCGCAUCUGUCUUGGCAGCUAACACUCUGCUGCGGUCGUUGUUCGGAUUCGCAUUCCCACUGUUCACCACCUACAUGUACCAAGAUCUGGGAAUUCAUUGGGCAUCCUGUAUUCCAGCUUUCCUGGCUCUUGCAUGCGUGCCUUUCCCAUUCCUGCUUUAUAAAUAUGGAUUGUCCAUCCGAAACCACUGCAAGUACGCUGCACAGUCCGAGGCCUUUGUUCAAAACCUUCUUCGUGGCCUCCAAAAGGCCAAUGAGCAGCCUGCUGAAACGGAGCCUGAGAAGCGCCCUUCCACAUCGGACGAUGAGGUCGCACCCCUCCCUCACAUCAAGGAGACCUCCGCGGAUGUCAACUCCAUUCAUCACACUCUUUCGCGCACUUCCACCAAUGCUACCCACCCCAUCCAGCGCGUGCCCACUUACGAGGCCAACCCAUACAAUAUCGACCGUGUGCACACACGGGAAUCUUUCCAAUAA